AUACGCCAGAGCAAAGGUCUUGAUGGUAGAGGAGUAGUGGUAAGCACACAGUCGUCCUUCAUGGUGGAGGAGGGCCUAUACCAGCGUGUGGCCCUGGAGUCACCCUCGCAGUCCCCCACGCAGUCGAGUGACCACCUGCUCGACAACAAGUGUGUCCAAUCCAGCGCCAGUUCCUCCUCGGACAAUCUCGAUGUGACGACGCAAGAAACGCACCCAAAGACUAAGAUCAAAGGUUCAUUUACUGCUCGCCGUGGCCAAGCUAACUUCAAUCCCUAUGGAUAUGGGAACUUCUGCCUCAACUGCCUGGCUGUUCUUUGUGGACCAGUUCAGCCAAGUCUCAUUGAUCGCAGAGGUGUAGUAACACUAGAAUACCUUACCACCACCCAAGGAAAGGUCUCAGAAAAUCAAGCACCCUCAAGAAGUUAUGGCACAGUACACACAGUUCAACCUUCAAAUGGCAUAGUGCCACAGCGAGGAGGAUCAGAGGCCCCGACUGGAAGUCCAGGUGGUGCUGGAGGGGGGACAGGUGCUGUCACCACAGGGGCUCCAAAUGGCAAUGUGGCUCCUACACUGAAGAAGAAGUCGGCAUCAUCCCAGUCUAUAAAUGGCAAGGAAGCAGUGAGCAAUAGCCCAACAGGAAUUCAUCCUCAAGUCAGUCCUCUCCCAGCACCUGUGGGUUCCUCAGUAGCACCAGCCCCAGUUCACCCAGUCCCAUCAAGUCCUGUUGAUAGUCUACCAGUGGUAAGCAGCACUGGUGGUGUAGGGGGCACAUCCGGCGUCUCUACCAGCCAGUUGUACCUGCUGGAUAGUUCUUAUGACCUUGAUUUGGAUUCCAUUGAUGGUUCAGUGUCCCAGCCUUCACAUUCUGAGUCUUCUCAAUUGGGCUUGAUUCACAGUAAUGCUGUAUAGCCCCUUGAGGAUGUAGCCAGUACACUUCUUUUUUCUGUAGCAAGUGUCAGACACAAGCUGGAAUGGUGCCCUGCACUCCCUGCUGUAUCUUGUGUAUUGAUCUUAGAAUAUGUGCUUAAAUAAACAUUGUUUCUGGACCCAUUACUAGUGAUUAUUUUUGGGCAAAUAAACCGUUAUAGUAAUUUAACAAGGAAUGAAAUUUAACCUUGAUUUUAUCAGAUACUUGUGAUAUAAGUUACAUUAUUAUAAGUGAAAAGAAAAACAAAUUAGUUUUAAGUGAAUAUGUUGGCAAAGUCUGUGUGUUAAUGUUUUAUCCAGUAGGGAAAGUUCGACUUAUAUUUGUGACUUAAUCAGAUUUUCUGAAGCACAAUCAAAGAAUUAUUUUUGUUAGGUUUUAUUUUUUAGAAUGAUUUUUCCCUUGGAUGUGUAUGCCUGUAGGUGAAUAUAGAAGUUUUUGUUGAGUAUGCCUUAUUUCUUUAUUUUUGUAUGUAUUUAUAAUCAAGUUUAUGACUGAGAAUGUUUGUCCUGAGCCUUGUACAUGACAUAUGGAUGUUUGUAGACAGGAGUGUUAAGUCUUUAUUAAUUUUUUGUUUGAAGAAUUUUGUUUUGUCUUGUACUGUAAAUAUACAUCCAUUUGUACACCCAAACAUAGUGUGCACAUGUUUGUACAUAUUCUCAUACUUUUGUAUAUUUGCAUUUCAUAAAUGAAUUUUCUCAUCUUCGUUUAAAGUUUACUGUAGAUAGUGUGCUUUGAAAUGUACUCAUUGACAGGACAAUAUAACAGAUACAUGAUAUUAAAGUCAUGCAACUUUUUUAUCAUAUAUGUUCUAUAGUUUUUGUGUUGAAAACUUUAGUUGGGAAGGAUUCCAGCAGGUGUAUGUGACCAAAGUUUUAUAUUUAAUCAGCCUCAUAAAUUUAGUUACUAAUAUGAAUUGUAAGCAGAGCUGUUUUGUAUUUGUAAGGAUUUACCCAGAUAUAUGUUAUGUUCAUACUUGGCAAUAUUUCGAAAGGACAGUGAUUGCAAAUUGUAUAAAUGAUACAAACAUAUAUUUUAAUACAGAACAGUGACAAGAUUAAUAAUAAAUGUGGAUAUUCCAAAGCAACAGAGGACAAUUUGAAGGUUACAUUGUAUGGUUGUAGAGUAGGGUAGCAGAAGCCCACUCGUAUAUAAUAGGUUUUGACAGUGGAGAGUUAUUAAAUCAGAACCCUCUCUAUAUGUUUGGGUUAUUAACAGAAUUGUGGAGUGGAGUGGACAGUAAGGUGCCACAAUGCAGAAUUAAUUUGAUUACAUUUUUUUAUUUUAUUUUCCGAGUGAUUUGAGGUUGUGUAUUUGGGUUUAAUUGUUGUCCACAUACACAAGCUGUUAUUUACUUUAUUUCUGUAGAAUAUUUUCCAUUUUGCUGUUUAUAGUAUCAGUAAAACAGGACUAAGUUCCUACUGGGGUGAUGUGUUUAGCUCUUUCUAUUCCUACAAUGUCAUUAAUAUCAACAAGAGUGAAGUGACCAGUAUCUGUUGGAAGUUCUCUGUUGUAUAUCACAGGCAAACUUGAAAAGCAGAACCAUUAUGUAUACACAUCAUUUUGAGUUUGAACAGCUGAAUUGUUACCAGCUAAUCCCUGUUAUUGAUCAUACUUUGCCCAAAACUGAUUGCAUUUCUGUUAUAUUUAGGUUGUAGUUUAUACAUUAAGGGUUGUGUGGCCCCUGUUGGUACAGUAACCAGUCAUACUGUAUCAUUCUUGUUCCUCAAACUCUUGGCUUUUGGCAAUAAUUCUGACAGCAGCAACUUGAAUAAUGUAAUGUUGUAUGACUUUAAUUGUCACUGAAGAGUUACUGAUUAUGGUAGUCAUUAAAGUGUUUAUU